AUGGACAAGAAAAGAAAAUCCAAGGGGGGAGACGAAGAUGCGGACGACCAUGCAACGAAGAAGAGAAAGAUGCCGAGUGAUUCCAUCGACCUCUCUCAACCCGAAACCGCUGAAGGAACGACUCAACAAGGAUUGAAGUUGGUCGACAUAUUGAAGAAGACCGAGGACAAAAGUGGACGAGUAAUAUCUACGAGCUUCCUGACCCUACCUAAUCCCCGCCAAUUCCCCGAAUACUAUAAAGUAAUUCGGAUGCCAAUCGCGCUUGAUAACAUCAGAGAGAAGUUGGUUCGUCGAGAGUUCGCAAACCUGACCGAUUUGGAAAGCUACUUCAAGCGCAUGAUAUCAAACGCGAAAGAGUACAACACAAAAGGAUCGGAAGUUUAUGACGAUGCAGAAAGAUUACGAAAGGCUUUAAGCAAUUACAUGACCAAACAUAAUCCUGCAUAUAAGCUCAUUCCAGGAUAUGUGGCAGCUCCAACACCAUUCCCAGCAGAACCGGGCGAAAGUGAUCUCGAGGAUGCUGAAGGGGAACCGGAUUCUGAGGUAGAGACUGCUGCGCCAGUGAAGAAGACACCCAGAGGUAGGACGAAGAUCCAGAUCAGGACACAGCCACCACCUAAAAAAAGCAUCACGCCGUCAGUGCAAGAUGGUCUUUAUUCGAAAGUACCAUUCUCGAAAUUGACUUUCCAGCAAGCUCAAGAGAAGAUACUCGAGGAGUUGAUCACGCAGAAGGAAUCGCCAGAUGAGCAAUUCAGGAUAUAUGAAGUUUUCGUCGAUUUACCACCUCGAAGCCUACGGGAUUACUACAAACUAAUCACGAAUCCCGCGAGUCUUGACUCGGUGCAGAAGAAAGUGAAGGGCGGAAAGGAGAAUGUGUCCGAAUUCAAGUCAUGGGCAACGUUCGAAAAGGAAAUGAAGUACAUAUGGAACAACGCAUGGAAAUAUAACGAAGAUGGCAGCGAAAUCUCAAUUCUCGCUAAAAAUCUCCAGGCGUCAUUUUACAAGCUUUUUAAAGAGGCCAAACAAGCUGUGCCAGAACCUGCAGGCCCUAAAAUUAAGUUGAAGAUGCCAGAGCAGCCUCAGCCUCAAGCGACACCGAAAAUUACUCUCAAACUUGCAGGAAAGGGUAAUCCUGCUGAGUCGCCCGCCCCACAAACGAAUGGGUCAAAUGCAUUACCUGCAAAUGGUGCUCGGCGGAACCCAUUUGGGGGUUCUUCCUCUGUUGUCACUACGGCACCAAAUUUGGAUCAACUAGAAAGGGUAAAAAGUGCAUCUGUUUCCGUGUCGUCACCAACACCCUCUGCUGUGGCUCCAGUGAAGAAUGAAGAAAGCGCUCGCAAUUCUCCUGCGGUAGCUGCUGUAGGAUACCCCAGCAAUCGCGGUGGCAGUCAGGCAGUAUCGACUCCUGGUUUACCAACUCCAUCGGCGGGCAUGCCACCACCAUCAACACCAGGCUUAUCGAACAAUGGAAUGACCAAUAAUGGUAAUAGUAACUAUACUAGCGGAUACGCGCAGUCGUUUCCUCAUCAACCUCAAUUCCAACCACAACACUCGUCUUUUGAAUCGAAAUGGAGACAACCAGGAAAGACCGCUGCUGAUGCUAUGAUUACGAACGUUACCCUGGCAACACAUAAAGGACUCAAUAUCUCCAAACAUUUCCAUAUGGACUUGCCACCCUCUCCUACGAUGGCUCAACAGUCCUUUACGAUAAAUCUCCCACAUACUCACUAUUAUUUACAAAUCAAGCCUACGAUUUCUCCAUCUAUUCUAGAUCGUCAAUACAAAUUGUUUGUCACAUCCGGCUCGCAAAGACUGCAUGCGAUGCCCUUGUUGCCUGGCCAUCAGUUGGAACAACAGCGACCCCUAUUUGAAGCUCGCUUACUUCCAGGGGUUAAUAGAAUCGAAAUAGAGUUGAUUGCCGCUCUCCCAAAGGGAGCUAGCAAAACAGCAAAUGGACAGGAUGUAGAGUUGGAGAAGAUCACGGUUUUUGCCAAUCUUUUGAAAGAUCCUCAGCAAAGAUAA